UCGGUUGAUCGCUCUGUCGGCGUACGAAUCGAAUUAAAUCGAGUCGACGACAAAAGCAGAGACAACGUUCAUUCACUCGCAAAAGUAAAUACUCGCGCCGAAUACAAUGAUCGCACUUCUCGCGUGAUUCACCUCCAGCGGCCGCUAAUUAAGGCGACGGCAGCAGAAAUAGAAUGGCUGCGAAAACAAGCAAUACCGCGAGCUGCACUGUGCGGUGUUGUGAUUUGGAAGCCACUCAAUUGAAAGUGUUUGUGCUGGUGUCAGUGCUGUGCAAAUAAAUCGCCAGAAUACCGCGCCGGUGGACGAAGAUACAAUAUCUACAAUAAGCACAUUCUAUGGCAGCAUAUGUUUAAAUUCCAAUGUGACGACGCGACACGUUUUGAAUUGCAACCCGUAUGAAGCGCAAAAUACAGCAACACAAUCGAAAUAUUAAACGCACCGUAAGUCUACAAACACAAAGAUGAACGUAAUGCGAAAGCUGCGCGGAGCGGCGGGCGCAGGCAGCAGCGGCAGCAGCAGCGGCACCUCGACGGCGAACAACAGUUCACCCGGGGGCGGCAGCAGGAACGGCACGGAUGUGGGUGCACCGACCGCCGCAAACGGACGGAGUGGGGAGGAGGCGCUGAUGGACGCCCGCGCCCAGGUGAGCCUCAGCACGCUGAAGAAGCUCUUCAACGAGUACACGCAUCCGCGGGAGCCGCUGAGCGAACAGGAGCGCGAUGGCAAGCUCUACGAGAUGCUGCCCCUCUUCUGCAAAGUCUUCAGCAGCUGUCCGGCCAACGACAUGAGCGAAAAGUUCUGGGAUGUGGUGGCCUUCUGCCAGCAAGUGUCCCGUCUCAUGGUCAGCGAAAUCCGCAAGCGUGCCUCCAACCAGAGCACGGAGGCGGCGUCCAUUGCCAUCGUCAAGUUUCUCGAGGUGGAGACCACCGAGGAAACCAGCAGCGGAUGGAUGCUCCUGGCCACCCUCAAUUUGUUGGCCAACGGAGACGUAUCUCUCAUACAGGUUAUGACUGCCGCGGCGGUUCCCUCUACUUUAGUGAAGUGCUUGUACUUGUUCUUCGACCUGCCCGUAGUUGAGGACGACGAACCUUCAGCUGACGGAGGAGCAGCAAGUGAAUUUAAUGCCCAGGAAAGGCGGACGCUUCUGCAGAAGGUGUUUGUGCAGCUGCUGGUCAAGCUGUGCUCGUAUCCGUAUCCCGCUGAGGAACUAGCCCGCAUGGACGACUUGACGCUGCUGUUCUCGGCCAUCACAUCGCCAUGUCCCAUCCACAACAUUGUGUGGCGCAAGAACGCUGCUGAAAUCCUGACCACAAUAUCAAGGAAUGGCCUAACCGAUGCCGUCGUUAGCUAUAUACAUUCCAAGGGCUGCAUGGCACUUUGCGUGGACAAUAUGCAACGCCUGACGUUUGGGAAUCCCUUGGAGAUCGUUGAAAUGUUCGUCACGGUGUUCUGUUUUCUUAAGGACUCCAGUCAGGUAUCCCAGAUUUUGAUGGAUGAUUUUCGCGCAUCUCAGGGUUACGUGUUUCUCAGUGAUUUUCUACUUAAGUUCGACAACAACCGUAGCCAAUCAUUGGAGAUUCAAGCGGCCAUUCGGAAUCUGGUUCUGAUGAUCUCUUCGCUGUGCAUGUGUGGCUUUUACGAGCUCCGACCGCCAGCCUCGCAGUUCAAUACGGCUUUUAAGCUGCAGAACUUCCAACUCCCACAGGCCACAUCCCGAGAGACAUGCGUGCGAAAUGUGUACGCCUUCCAGGUGCUGCAGAACGUGUUCCUUAAGUCAACGACUCCAGCGCUCUGCUGCACGAUUCUGGACGCCAUUUCGCGGGUAUACCACUCGGAAAAUGCCAACUACUUCAUCCUAGAAUCGGAGCAAACGCUCAGUUCGUUCGCAGAGCGAAUCCACAUGAAAAGCCCGCAAAUACAGGAAAAAUUCUACGAUCUGCUGGAGUUCAUUGUCUUUCAACUGAACUUCGUGCCCUGCAAGGAGCUGAUCAGCCUUUCGCUCUUGCUCAAGCACAACCAGUCGACGUCCUGCAGCAUUCUUUGCUUAAAGACACUGUUAAACAUUCUUCGGCACAACACAGUAUUUAAAGAUGUCUACCGCGAAGUGGGCAUUCUGGAGAUCUUUGUUGGAUGUCUUACACGCUAUGCAGCUCAUGUGCAGAAAAUUACCAAAGGAGAUGAGUCAUUGGUGGUGGAGCUAGAGAGUGAAACGGAAGAGGAACUGUUCGAUGCGCUAGGAAAGCAUGUUCUGGAGGCCCUCACCAUGCUACUAGGAGGUGGUGCCAGCAACAAUGCCCAACUCUUUCGUGAGUACGGCGGCGCUAAGUGCGUCCAUGAGUUGGUGAAGUUCAAGCAUUGCCGACCGCAGGCUCUCGGAAUCGUAAGGGAGCUGAUUCUGUCCGCAGGUGGAGACGACGAUAUGCUCCACAUACUCUCACUGAUGCACAGCGUCAGCCCACUACAAGUGGAGUUUAAGAUUCAGAUACUGAACAUGUUGCUCGGAUGCCUGAAAGACUCUCAUCGCACACGGACCGUCUUCCGCAAAGUGGGCGGAUUCGUGUACGUCACCAGUGUAUUCGUGUCUCUGGAUGGCAGUAUGGCCCUUCCCCAACCGGACAUUCCACAACAGGAUCUCAUUCUGCUACUGCAAAUAGUCUUCCAGACCCUAGCCACCGCUAUGAGGUUUGAACCGGCCAACGCCAAGUUCUUUCACCAAGAGAUUAGCAGCAGCUCUUUGUGCGACACACUUCGUCUGCUGGGAUGCUUUGGGGGAUCGUGUGCCUUGCAGGACUACACGGGCGCCUAUGAGCCGCAGCAGUCGCUACUCAAGUAUUAUCAUGAGAUUUUCAGCGGAGAUAUUCUAAGCGUCAGUUUCUCUGAAGACGUUCCAUACCCGCUGUCCUACGUCUGCAUCGUAUUUCGGCUGCUAUACAGUAUAGCCCUGGACAAUUUCGAGGCUCCAAAUCUAAGCGGCAUUAUCACACUCUUCAGCGAUCCGCCGACAGCUUUGCGAUCGCCGAGUAAAGAGCUGGCGCCCCCCGUGCAUCCCAGCCAGCUGAAUCUCACGCAGCCCAGUCCCGAGCCUAGGAUAGUGCACCCAGGUGUGGUUCUCUGCAUGCUUCAGCUGCUCCCCGCCGUGGAGUACGACUCGGCUCCCCUACAGGCGGUGCAACUGCAAGUAUACCUGAGCGAAAUCAUCAAGUCCUUGGUGCGAAGCGAACGCAACCAGCAGAUAAUGUGUGACCACGGUCUGGCAGAGAAACUGCUUAAGCUGACUCGAAGAGCCCUGGCGGAGGAGUCGCAUCCGUUGCACGUGCCCAUGCAGUACAUUCUGGAGCGUCUUGCCGCACAGGCACUGCAACCAACCGAAUUGCGCCAGUUCCUGCGGCUGGGCGAGCCGCUCUCGUGUGCGGAUAUAGAUCUUCAGCAGCCAUACAAGCUGGGCGGGCCCGUUCCGCUAACGCGUAUCAAGACUCUGGUGUCCAUGACUACGCCGCGUGACUUCCGAGCACACGGUUCGAGCACGCUCCCACCGUUCGUGGAGCUGGACAUGUCUGCCGAGGGAUUCGGUUGCUUGUACCUGCCUUCACUGGCGCCCCAGGCAACGGCCACCGCUGGCGGAACAAUCGAUGCAAACAGCAUUGGGGGCAUCGGUGCGGGCGAUCGCAUCUUUCCACCACAAACUGGACUUACGUACUCCACCUGGUUCUGUGUAGAAAAGUUCUCAGAUCCUAAGACGGACCCCCACUGUGUUCGGCUUCUUACUUUGGUUAGGACCAUCCACAAUCCACGCGAGGAAAACCUAGCGUGCUUAUCCAUUUUGCUUUCCGCGCGCGACAAGGCGAUCGUCGUCUCCACCCAGGAGACUUUGGUCACACCCAGAAAAAGUAUCGGUGACUGGGAACCCGAGGGAUCGGAUGAUGGCAUCGCUCGCAUAUGGUGUCCGGAUCUUUUGCACGAAGGCCAGUGGCAUAACCUGGUCGUUGUGCUCAACCGUGCCGUACUGAAAAAUUCCAGUUUGUUCCUCUACUUGGACGGGGUUCCAAUGCAUACGCAAAAGCUGCACUAUAUUGCCCAGCAUCCCGCUGCGGGAAACGCCAGUCUGACGUCGCCCACCCAGAUUUUUGGAUAUAUCGGUACACCACCAAUAUGGCGGCGCUACUCACGUCUCUGUUGGAAGCAGGGCGUUUGCCACCUUAUCGAGGAUGUGCUUACCCAGCAGACGGUGCAGACAAUAUACCAAUUGGGUCCCCACUACAUGGGCUCGCUGCAAGCUCCGCAGCUUGGCAAGCAGUCGGAGUCAUUGGCGCCUUUGGUGCCAGAGGAUCGCGUUCUUCUGGGACUUAAUGCUAAAGCGGUGUCCAAGCUGACACUAGUUAAAAUCCGCAAAGUUUACAGCCGAGCGGACAACAAGAGCAUUGCCAAGCAGCUGAACAUGAACUCGCACGAGAAUGCUACGCCCAUCAAAAUUCUGCACAACUCUGCAGGACAUCUUGCAGGAGCUGGACGUUCCCUUGGCGGCGUGGUCGUCGGUUAUCUGGGCGUCAGAGUAUUCAGUCCGCAUCCCGUCUCAGCCAUGAUCGACACAGUUGGUGGCUGCAACGUGCUGCUCGGUAUCAUCGCCAUGGCCCAAGACGUAGAGUCCUUAUACGCAGGUGUCAAGGCUUUGACCUGCGUGGUGCGCAGCAAUCGCGCCGCCCAGGCAGAGAUGGAUAGAAAACGAUGCUACCAGACAUUGGGCAUGUUCUUCAAAAAGAAAAAGCAUCUGCUAAACUCGCACAUUCUGCACCUGACCUUUGGCCUAGUAGGCACGGUGAACAGCGGACAGGAUAUGUCGGCUAUUCCAAAUGUGACGGCCUUCCAAGAUCUUUUGUGUGAUCUUGAGAUUUGGCAUAAUGCACCCAACGGAUUGCUGCGCUCCCUAUUAGAGCAUCUACUGGAGUUAGUAGUGGAGUCUAGCGACAAGAAGCAGAACGUAAAGAUCAUGCGCGAUCUUCAGCUUCUGGUGAAAUUGCUGCACAUCAUCACUCAAAUCCAAGACCACUCGACACGGGAGAUCCUCUUCAGUCUGCUGGAGACCCUACUGGGCGGUCAGCCAAGGCACACCGAUCUGCUGCUUUUCGGUCAGUAUGUGGCGGCCAAGCUGCCACAGGCCCAUUCUGGAGGCUUGGAACGUGCCGUGCUUCUACCCAGCAUGAAAAAUCCUGCCGAGGACCAGGAUGGUGGCGUGGCCCAGAACAUAUACCUGCGUAAUCGCUGCCUAUCGCUGCUCCACGGACUGCUAUUCACACCGCGAAACACCGUGAACUAUGUCAUCUGCGAUGACAUUUCCAAAACAUUGGGCAUGGAUUGGUUGCUACUCUUCAUGCAACCGCACGUCCACUUCACCACUGUAAUCAUUGCAGUGCGCAUCCUGGUCGUAAUCUGUGCCAACGAAAGUUUUCUUGUGCGCUUCCGGGAUGCCACCCACAACGGCGGUUACCUGCGGUUUACGGAGAUGGUCUCACAGCGAAAGAUGCUGGGUCUCGGUGCCCAGCAGCUUAACCAGCGCCCGACGAAUGGCACAGGUACAGUCAUUGUAGCCACCCCACAGAACACCAUACAGCAUCUGCCCACACAGAUUGCAGGAGAGGUUCGUGCAGCGGCCUUAAAUAUACCAGGUUUUCAGCUUCUUGAAUGGCUAAUGAAUCACCACCUGGACGUUCCGGAGCUGUACUUCCUAAUUACCGCACUGAUUAUGGGGCAGCCUGUAAAGGUGUUGGCUACUGAGCACACAAAGUUCGACCUUGACCGCGUCUGGUCAUUCCUCUGGGGAGCUCCGGUCUCCGCCAACACGCAGCUGCCGAAGCUCAACAUUUGUCCCGAGGGCGUGUGCGUACUCCUGGCAAUGGUGCGCGGAAUCGUUCAUGGCGGGGAGUGCGCUCCAUGGCUGCACAGCCACCCGGAGACAAUUAUCCAGCUGCUAUUUAGCCUGUACCAAAACCUCACCGACUUUGCGCCUGUGAUGAUGACGGGCGAUGUGGUGACCUCGCUAGUAGCUGUGCUGUUUCCCUUGGCAUCUCGACCUGCCUACUCUGAGCCAAACAGUGGAGCAUCGACACCCACAGACGAUACAGGAAGCAGCUUUGCUUUGCCGCCGCCGGAGACGCUUCAUGGAGCUACGCAGCCCAAGCUAACCGCUCAUCCGGUGUGUAACUGCAUUAUCGACUUCCUGCGCGUUAUCGUGGUGGACUCUCUCGGCUUGAACAUGCAGGGUAAACCUACUCCGGUCAUCGAUCUCGUCCUGGACGCAGCACCAGAAUCUGCAGAGUUACCACUGCAGGUGCAGUAUCAGACUCAGAUAAUAAUCGCCCUAAUGGAUCACCUGCUGGCCGCCGAUGUGCUUGUUGGCGAACAGGCAGCACUCCCGCUGGUGCCUCUCUUGCAGAGCCAAAUGCAAUACAUCGCUCCAAACGUGUUUUACCUAACCGCCCGCAUCGUGGACAAGCUGUGGCAAGGAUGCCUCGCCCGCAAUCCACACGACAUUUUCGAUUUUGUUAUCAAGCUGAUCGUACAGGCCAAGCGAAGGUCCUCGUCGUUGUCAUUGGAGCACCUGCACCACUCGCUGAAUCGAAGCAUUCUCUUCCUGCUCUCCCGCCCCACCGAUGACUCGCGAGCUGACCAGAUGAGCGUGCUGGAGGCGCUGCACAAGAUCAUUCAGCACCGCCUGCUCAUUUUCGGAGCGGGCAACCACGAACUGGAAUUCAUUGGAUGCCUCACAUACUGCUUGCUGCAGUUGACUGCCGAUAUGAAAAUUAUUUUGGAACCGGCCACCAGUCGCAACACCACAUGGCACGUAAAUCCGCAGACGGAGACGGCAGAGCCCAAGGACGAAGAUCUCAACCAGCUACAGGGCAGGAAUCUGAUCGUUGGCGCUGCUUUUCGUGUUUGGGAGGAGCUCUACGUAUGCAAGAAGCCUGCCAUUGAGGAGGUAUUUAAAGUCUCCCUAACAUCCCCACCGCCGAACUCCAAAGCACCUGAUCUGCAGACCACGCGAGAGCAGGUAAUGGAGCUGGCCUCCAAACUAUGGUUCAAUUAUGUGGAGGCGGAACGUAAGGCCACCUAUCGUGCGCCCUGGGAGCUGCACACCCAGAUCCAGUCGAAAAUCCAGAAGGUUACUGGUGGCCUAUCCCGCUUGACCAGCAGAACUAAAACAAAGAAAGAGGAGCUGGUACGCACCAGGUCGACCUUAACUCGCGAGGCCGCCUAUGAGUCCACUGGCAUCCAUGUGCAGCUCAUAAAGGAUCUUUUGGAUUUGCGUGCGAAGCAGUACCAGCAGAUGUUGCAGCACACCCAGCGCUACGUCUAUCAGGACUGGGUGCAGUCGGAGAUGGAGCUUACCCGGGAGCGAGGGCUAUGGGGUCCCACUGGCAGCUGCUCACUGGAUAAGUGGAUUUUGGACACCACCGAAGGACCCCACCGUAUGCGCAAGAAAACGAUGCGCAAUGAUGUCUUCUACCUGCACUAUCCAUACAGACCGGAGUUGGAGCUGGCGGACAAUCGGCAGCUGAAGUACAAGGUGGCCUCCAGUCUGGACAGCAAAACGUACGCGCUGCACGGACCGCAGCAGCCACGCAUACUGGCCGAGGCGGCGGAGCACCAUGCGAUGCAACAGCAGAGUUCCCUAGAAGCAGUACACUCGCAUCGUUUGGAGACCAGCAGUUCGACAUCAACGCCACCACCCCUGGUUUUGCCGAAGCUUGUGGGACACGGAUCAACACCCUGUCCACAGGAGUCCGUGGAUGGCAAUGCACCGGAGGAUGACGAGGAAGAGGAGGAUACUUCGAUGACCAGCGAUAAUGAGACCUUUUUGCGCCUACUGGAGGAGCAGGAGAAGAUUAGCUUUAUGUUCCGUUGUGCAAGAGUCCAAGGCUUGGAUACCUUCGAAGGACUUUUGUUGUUCGGCAAGGAGCAUUGUUACAUUGUGGAUGGCUUUACGCUGCUAAAGAACCGUGAAAUUCGUGACAUUGACACCCUGCCGCCAGGAGCGUAUGAGCCAAUUAUUCCCAACUCGGGUGGAACCUCUUCCACAACUUCUCGUGCAGUAAGCCACAAGCUCCGUCAGUGCUCCAAGUUCGCUUACGAAGAGAUCCGGGAGGUGCACAAGCGUCGCUACUUGCUUCAGCCUAUCGCUCUAGAAGUAUUCUCCGAGGACGGACGGAACUAUCUUCUCAGCUUUCCGCGCAAGGUGCGCAACAAGGUUAACCAGCGGUUUCUGGCUCUUGCCACUGCCCUGAACGACAACGCCCAGCAAUCCGUGGCGGGACAGAAGCGCACGGCUAGCGUGGAGCAAACAGCUGGCAUCUUUAGCGGACUCAUUGGCGAGACUUCGGUGACCCAGCGAUGGGUGCGCGGCGAGAUCUCCAACUUCCAGUACCUUAUGCACCUGAACACCCUGGCCGGACGCAGCUACAACGACCUGAUGCAGUACCCCGUCUUUCCCUGGAUCCUAGCCGACUACGAUUCCGAGGAGUUGGAUCUGACGAACCCAAAAACAUUCCGCGACUUUUCGCGCCCAAUGGGCGCCCAGGCCGAGGAACGCCUGGAGCAGUUUCAGAAGCGCUUCAAAGAGUGGGACGAUCCGCAUGGCGAGACACCGCCGUACCACUAUGGCACGCAUUACAGUUCCGCGAUGAUCGUGUGCUCGUAUCUGGUGCGACUAGAGCCUUUUUCGCAGCCAUUCCUCAAGCUGCAGGGCGGACACUUUGAUCUUGCGGACCGCAUGUUCCACAGCAUAAAGGAGGCGUGGCUAUCUGCCUCUAAGCUGAACAUGGCCGACGUCAAAGAACUCAUCCCGGAGUUCUUCUACCUGCCCGAGUUUCUCAGCAACUUCAACAGCUUCGAUCUGGGUACCAAGCAAAAUGGCGAGACACUCAACCACGUUAUCCUGCCACCUUGGGCCAAGCACGAUCCCAGAGAGUUCAUCCGGCUCCACAGAAGUGCUCUGGAAUGCGACUAUGUCAGCCAGCAUUUACAUUUGUGGAUUGACUUAAUCUUUGGCUGCAAGCAACAGGGACCAGCCGCCGUUGACGCAGUUAAUGUGUUCCACCAUCUCUUCUACGAGGGAAACGUGGACAUCUACAACAUUGACGAUCCACUCAAGAAGAAUGCCACAAUUGGUUUCAUAAACAACUUCGGCCAGAUACCCAAGCAGCUGUUCAAAAAGGCGCAUCCUGCUAAAAAGAUGGGCGGCUCUCGUCACUCUGCGCUUAUAGAUCCUACAUCUCUGAUUCAGGGUAAUAGCACAGUGCUGCAAACCGACCGCCUGUUCUUUCACAACUUGGACAACCUCAAGCCCAGUCUGCAGCCCAUCAAAGAGCUGAAAGGACCAGUCGGUCAGAUCUUGCAGCCAGACAAGACGGUGUUUGCUGUGGAGCAAAACAAGGUAAUGAUGCCGCCUUCCUACACGAAAUACAUAGCCUGGGGCUUUGCCGAUCACUCGCUCCGCGUGGGACUCUACGACACGGACCGGGCAUCCUUCGUGUCCGAGGCAUCGGCACAGAACUCGGGAGAGAUCCUGACUUGCGCCUGCCCAAAUGCCAAGAUGAUUGUUACGGCUGGCACCAGUUCCGUGGUGACGAUUUGGAAGUUCGACGCGAACCGCAAGAGCCUUGCCGUUAAGCACUCGUUGCACGGACACACCGAUGCAGUGACUUGUCUGGCGGCCAGUGCUGCCUACAAUGUCAUCGUGUCCGGAUCGCGGGAUGGCACAGCCAUCGUCUGGGACAUGACACGGUUCACAUUCGUUCGCCAGUUGCGGGGUCAUGCUGGUGUGGUGGCUGCCGUUUCCAUUAAUGAGCUGACCGGGGACAUUGCCACCUGCUCGGCCACCUGGCUCCACGUGUGGUCCAUCAAUGGCGAUGCCCUAGCUAUGGUCAACACUUGUGUGGGCAGUGCGGACCGCAUGCAGCAGAUCCUUUGUGUGGCCUUCUCUCAGAUCCGGGAGUGGGACCAGCAGAAUGUCAUCAUAACUGGCUCAACCGACGGGGUAGUCAGGAUGUGGUCUCUGGAGCACACACAAGUGCCAAUCGAUCGAAAAUUGAAGCGAGGUACGGAGGUAACUUCGCAGGACAAACCUGACUCCGCUUCCUUGGAAGACAAGGACCAUAAGGACGACAAAAUGAGCCUCAUGAAGCAAAUUAAAAGCCUUUCCCAGUCGGAGGAAGAAAUGGAGAUCGUCAAAUCCGCCUCGGAAAGUAGCAUUUCGGAGGCAUCACAACAUAGCCAUGGGUCGAGUAAGUCGGCUGAGACAGGUCCCAAGGCUGAGCUGCAGGGUGAGCGCAGGAAAAGUUCCAUUUCUGGAGCAAAGUCCCUGCACGAAAUGAAGUCUGCCACCGUAGAAGGUCAGAGCGGCAGCUACGACCCCAAAUCCAAUGAAGAUGAACAUUCUAUAAGGCCGAGCAAAUCGGACACAAGCCUCACUGACGGUUUCGUUUUAAUAGACAAUGACACCCACAGAGGCGAUCAGAUUCUUAGAAAAGGCUUCAGAUGGCAACGUCAAUUAAUGUUCCGAUCAAAGCUAACCAUGCAUACGGCAUACGAUCGCAAGGACAAUGCUGAGCCAGCCAGCAUUACGGCAUUAACAGUGUCGAAGGACCAUAAAAUUUUAUAUGUCGGCGAUGCACGCGGGCGCAUCUUCUCAUGGAGCGUUACGGAACAACCCGGUCGCGGAGUGGCUGAUCACUGGCUGAAAGAUGAGGGUGCGGAUCAGUGCGUCAAAUGCCACGUCAAAUUUACACUCUAUGAGAGAAAGCAUCAUUGUCGCAACUGCGGCCAAGUUUUCUGCAACAAAUGCAGUCGCUUCGAGUCGGAAAUAUCACGUCUUCGAAUCCUGAAUCCGGUUAGGGUGUGCCAGGCGUGCUACAGUCAACUGCGCACGAGCUCGUUGGACAAUUAGAAAAUUAUGUGGCAUGCAGACACAAGUAACCAAUCGAAAGCUAUCCAUAAUAAUGUGUUUAUUUGUUAAUGUUAGUUAGGUUUAAAGCUUUUAUUUAUUCUUUCGAACCAAUCUUUUAUCCAAAUCAAGUUUAUUUAACUUCUACCAAAGGCUGUUAUAUGAUUUUACACUUAUUUUACUUAGUUUAAAUCGAAUUUUUUAUGUACACAAUCAAAGUUACAAUAUAAUUUAUAUAUUUAUUAUA